GCUGCCCCGGCCGCCGCGGCUCCCGGAGUCCGCGCCGCGCGCCGCGCCGCCGGCUCCGGCUUCAGGAACGGCUCGGUGGUGCCGCACCAGUUCAUGAUGUCGCUUUACCGGAACCUGGCCGGGAGGGCUCCGGCCGGGGCAGCCGCCGCCUCCACCUCGGGCUCUGGCCGCCACGGCCGCGCGGACACGAUCACCGGCUUCGCAGACCAGGCGAACCAAGACGAAUCCGCAGCCGAGACCGGCCAGAGCUUCCUGUUCGACAUGUCCAGCCUUCCCGACGCCGACGAGGUGGUGGGAGCCGAGCUGCGCGUGCUGCGCCGCGAGUCCCCGGAGCUGGGCCCCGGCAGCGCGACUCCCCUGCCGCUGCUCCUGCUGUCUACGUGCCCCGGCGCCGCCCGAGCGCCCCGCCUGCUGCACUCGCGGGCCGCCGAGCCCCUGGCCGGAGCGCGCUGGGAGGUGUUCGACGUGGCGGACGCAGUUCGGCGCCACCGCCAGGAGCCGCACGCCACCCGCGCGUUCUGCCUCUUGCUGCGCUCAGUGGCCGGGCCCUCGCAGGGCCCGUUGGCACUGCGGUUGCUGGGCUUUGGCUCCCGGGGCAGGGACGGCGCGGCGGCCGAAGAGCGCGCUCUGCUCGUGGUUUCCUCCCGCACGCAGAGGAAGGGGAGCCUGUUCCGGGAGAUCCGCGCCCAGGCCCGCGCGCUCGGGGCCGCGCUGGCGGCGGAGCCGCCGCGGGACGCGGGACCCGGCACCGGGUCGCCGACAGCGGUCAUCAGCGGUCGCAGGCGGCGG